CGUCAAACGUCAAACGCACUUUUCCCGUACCUUUUGUUGUUUGUGAACACAGUAAUGCUAAACUAACAAAAUAAUCGCGUUUACUGGCUAAAAAAUGGACCAAUUCGUGAAGUGCGUGCUGUGCUUGACCACCGAGCCCGAAAGUUUUCUCAAAGUGUACAGUGAUGAGAAACCCAACGAAGAUAUAGCAGCGAUAAUAACAAAACAUCUUUGGGUAAAACCGACCAACGAUUCGUACGUCUGCAACGAGUGUUGGAACUGUCUGAAGGAUUUCCACGACUUUUACGUCCGGCUCGAGAACAUCCACUACACGCCAGAUCCGGAGGAUGCGUCGUGCAACGCAAAAGACAUCAGACAAUACCUGUUCGAAUUUCACCCGGUGGAAGAUGUAAAAAUAGAAGAACUGUCCCAGGACGCGGAACAGUUGGAAGAGAUCGAGUACGAGUAUUUGGAGGGCGAUGAAAGCGUCGAAAAUGAGGGCAAGGAUCGGGGCGCUAGCAGGCGUCCGAAACGGGCCAGUACUGCGCAGCCAAGCUAUAAGCUGGAAGCGGAGGAAGCCGAAUGGGAAAAGGAUUAUCUGGCGACCAACGAUGAGUACGAAGAUGAGGAGGAUGACGCGGACUAUGAGGCCAACGUGAAGGACGAUGUUGACUACCUGGAGGAGGACAAUGAUGACAGUGAAGUGAUUAACUACGACCAGCAGAACAUCAAGCAGGAAGCAAGCGAUAAACCGGAUGCCGCGACACCCACCGCAACACCGAAGCGUGGUAGAGGACGGCCACCGAAAGUGAAAGCGGAUGCCACGGUUAAACAUGAACCGCGUAAGUUGCGCCAGCGAGGUCGCAAAAGGAAGGCUUCAGUUACGAGCAGCGAAUCGGAGCUGGAGUCGGACUUUGACGACAUCAUCGACAGCGAAGACUGGAAGCGGUAUCGCAAGUCGUCGAAGGGGGGCAAGGCGCGCAAGGCACUCGGCUUUCGGCAACUGCAGGAGAAGAUUUUCUCGUACGUGGAUGAGUUCAUCUGCUACUACUGUCCGGAGAAGGUGGUUUUCGAACGUUUUCAUCAUGCAAAUCUCCACUACAAGAAGGUGCACGACGAGCCCGCCUUUUUGCGGUGUCCAAAGUGUGGCCGCAAGUGCUUCACGCCUGGCGGUUUCGUGAGCCACAUGGAAACGCACGAGGAUCCGGAAAGAAACAAGUGUAAGAUAUGCGGUAAGGUGACGGAUCAACAAAUCACCCUGAAGAAGCAUAUGCGAGCGCACCAGGAUAAGCUGGAAAAGGACUUCCCGUACCCGUGCAGCCAGUGCACGCGUCGGUUCGAGCACGAGGAAAAACGCGACAAGCACGAACGUCUGCACGGGCGGAAGGUGGUCAUCAAGAAGGAGAAGGGCCGCGAUUUGGAGCUGCUUAAAUUCUACAAACGCAUCUACUGCGAUGUGUGCGAAGAAAUCACCCCCGAAUCGACCUCGUUCGAUAACUUCUGGGAUCUGAAGGUGCACAUGACCAACGAGCAUAACAAGACGCCGUAUCUUAAGUGUCCGAUAUGCUACAAGAAGAAUGCCUGCCGCCAACAGUUGAUGGUGCACGUUGAUGUGCAUGACAAUCCGGAAAAUUACCGAUGUGAAGUGUGUAAGGAAAUUCAUCAGAAUCUGGACAAACACAUGAUCAAAGCUCACACGGCGGAAACGUCACAGCCGGACGAGAAAAAUUACAGCUGCGAGCAUUGUGGCAAAAUGUUCAAAUAUCAAACGAACCUUCGCAGUCACAUCGACCGUGUGCAUGGUGUGAAGGAUGUGUGUUGUGAUAUCUGCAACAAAUACUUCAACCAUAAAGCGCUCAGUGCCCACAAGCGUUCGGCCCACACGGACGAAAUGUUCAUGUGCGAACACUGCCCGAAAAUGUUCAAAACGCGCAGCGGUCUCGAAUCGCACAAGAGCGACCACGACGAAACGUUGCGCAAAUCGGUCAAGUGCGAGGUGUGCGGGAAGGAGAUGCGACGCGGUGCCAGCAUGGCGAAGCACAUGAAAACGAUCCACUCGCAGGAAGAUCCGGUCAAGUGCGAUCUGUGCGGCAAGAUGUUCCGCACCACGUUCCACAUGUUGCGCCACCGGGCCAACACGUGCUCGGCCACCAUUAGCUCCCGCCCGUACAAAUGUGAAGUUUGCGGUAAAGGAUUUGCGAUGAAGCUUACGAUGACCGAACACAUGACGACGCACACACGCACCAGCCUGUAUCAGUGUGCGUUUUGCUUCAAAACGUUCGGCUACAUUUCGAAUCUGUACAAGCACCGGAAGAAGGCGCACCCGCUCGAAUGGCAGGAGGUGCAGGCGCGGCCCGAGCAGGGCAUCGCCACCGUCAUCGAAAUUCGUAACUGAGGUGUUUGGUACACGCUUGGUGGUGGCAAUGGAACGAUUAUAAGUACAUUUUUUAACAAGUCUGUAGUCGGUUGGAAAGCUAGGCUAAGAGCGAUCUAGCUAUAGGGUAGAAUAGUUUUCUAGCAGUAAUGUACGCUCUAAGCUUCCCGGCCCCGAAAGUUGGGGACGUGUAAAGUGAAGGAUAGUUUUUCACAGUUUUAAAAAUCACAUCAGAUCUAAAUAAACUAAGCUAGUAUGUUGUAGAACAUAUCUGUAAAGAAGCUACACUACUUCAACAAUAAAAAAAAUGAUAAAAUUUGAA